UAAAUUAUAUUAAAUAACUUUCAUGUAAACUUCAAGCCAUCAUUAUAUGCGACCUAGAGAUCCGCAAAUAAAGAAAGCUUAGUUAGCUUACUACCCUUCCAUGAAGCAUUAUAUAUAACUAUGCAAAACAAGUAUGUUCUAAAGAAAUCCCUUUUGACAGAAAAAGAGGGAGAUGGCAGCACCAUACAUCAGGAAUUCUCUUUCCCUGCGUCCAUGCGUAAAGCAUUUCAGCCAUUCCCAUCCCCUACGUCCAGCUGAUGUGAAAGAGGAUGAGGAAAUUAUAUGCUUUGGAUGUGAGCUUGAUCUUUCAGGUUCAGCUUACAAAUGCAGCAAGUCCAAAUGUGUUUUUCUUCUCCACAAGUCUUGCUUUGAACUGCCGAAAGAACUCCAACACGAUUCUCACUCUGAACACUUGCUCACCCUUCUCCCUUCCCCACCUCAGGAUGAUUCCAAGUUCACCUGUAAUGCCUGCGGGGACUACGGCACUGCUUUUGCAUAUCAUUGCGCAGUUUGCCGGUUCAACCUCCAUGUCGGAUGCGCUUUCUUGCCGAAGAACAUCAAGCAUGUAGAUCACAGUCACCCACUUACCCUCUUCUAUUCUUCCUUAAUGGAGAGGGGUUCCACGUCAUUCACCUGUGAUGCUUGCAGGAAAAAAGUCUCGCAGGGCUACUGGAUUUACUACUGUCCUGAGUGCGAUUAUGGUACUGAUCUAGCAUGUACAAUUCCUGAAUGCUGAUGAAUGCUUGGAGGCUGCAGCUUCAGCUCUUUUCUGAUAUUCUUCACAUAGUUCUUUGUGCGUAUUCCCUGCUGUCUUCUGUUAAAAGUUUAUGAUUUUCAAAUAAAUAGCUUAAUCGUCGGGCA